CCUCUAUGACAACAAAGAGGAAGGGAGAUUAUGAUGAUUUGGACAUACGAAUACGAGUUGUGCAAAUGUCUCAUUGAUUGAGAAGGUAAUAGAGAUUGCUUGAGAGAUAGAUGUAGGAUAAAGAAAGUAUUAGAGAUAAGUGAUUAGACAAGUCAUGAUAUAAUUUUAAUUUAUCAAAAACUUGAUCAUAGUUAGAAGGUUACGAAGAUUAUAGACUAUAUCAAAAGGUUAGUAGGUAGUUGAGCAACAUAAAAUAAGCUUGGUGAUAGUUUGGUGCUCGAUAUCCAUUCCCCUUUCAUACUUGUAGUAGCAACAUUUUUCUUGUAGUUAUCUAUCCUUCAAUUGUUGUUACUCUGUGUUUCGAUUAUCAUAUUAUUUGAUUAUUAUUAUUGCUCCGUAUUGUUUUGAAUGUUACAUUAUAUUUUUCCUACUGUUAUAUUGUCUGUUACUAAACUCGAGUAUUUUUUGAAAACAACCUUUUAAUACUAACACUAGAAGAGAGGCAUUACCAAUUUGGCGCCUUCCCUAUAUUUUCAAAAAUCCAUGAAACCAGAGGAUCUCCUUCAGCGUCUCAGCCCCACCCACACCCAGAAAUGCACCGUCGGCUGCCUAGUUCUCGACCGCUUACUCGGCGGGGGCAUUCCUUGCAACUCAAUAACCGAAUUAGUCGCCGAAAGUGGAUGUGGCAAGACCCAAAUCUCCCUCCAGCUUCUCCUCUCCGUUCAACUCCCCGCUUCACUCGGCGGCCUCUCCGGUUCCUCUAUAUACCUUUACUCCGAAUCACCCUUCCCCGUCCGACGCCUCCACCAACUCUCCUCCUCUUUCCCCACUCUCCAUAACCCAUUAGAUAAGAUCCUAACCCACCCUCUCCACUCUGCUCACCACCUGUUCGACGUAUUGUCUCAACUAGACUCCUUAUUAUCCUCCCGGCUUGACUCACCUUCCCAAAUUAAGCUCAUCGUGAUCGACUCCAUUGCGGCUUUGUUUCGAUUUGAAUUUGAAAACAACCCGCGUGAUCUCAAACAGAGAUCGGGUUUGUUUUUCAGGAUUUCGAGCAAAUUGAAGGAGCAAGCUAGACGGUUUGGGUUGGCUGUAGUGGUGAUUAAUCAAGUUGUUGAUGUGAUGAAUGAUACUGAUGGGCUGAGGAUUGGGAAUUCAACUUGUUGGUAUACAUCUGAGAGGAAAGUAUGUGCCGCAUUGGGCUUGUCAUGGGCAAAUUGUGUUAAUACAAGAUUGUUCUUGUCCAGGCAAGAAGAGAGAGUUGCUCGAGAGGUAAAUGGAGACGAUUGCUUUGGUACACUAACGCGGAGAUUUAUACGCGUUGCAUUUGCUCCUCAUCUUCCUGAUUCUUACUGUGAGUUUGUUAUUAGUAGAGAAAAGAUUUUUGGUUUAGAAAGAUGAGAUCAUUGGCUUGAACAAACCAUGUACAUAUUCUAUUUAACAGCAAAAAAAUUGCCUCUCUUGCCAUUGCUUCUUA